GCCAACCAUACACAAGUACACACACGAGACAGACAGACAGACCGCAUAAACCGCAAAACCGUACAAUCGGCACGACACAACAGCCAUACACAAGUACAUAGAGGCACAUCAUUGUAUGGCGCACGACGGUCAAUUCCCCCCUGAGGUCUCGUCGUGCCGGCUCCCAGAUCCCCUCACAGCCCCAGGGGCUCGCGGGAGCGUCUCAAGAGUAAGUUGAUGCCGCGGUGACAUUCGGACGGACCAUUCUCUUUCCCAGCCGCUUUGGCUGCGCUCAUUCCCCCUCUGCGGCGUCCCAGGCUGGUUUUCCUGGCAGCGGCGCUUGGCCUGGUCGUUGAGAAAGUCUUCGAGGAUCCCAUCGGCGACCUGGAGGUCCAGCCGGCCUGCAUGCACCCGGGGCAUGUGCGCUUCUUCCUAACGAACAGAGCACACACAAAGUCAUACGGCUGUGAGCAGGUCCCUUCUCCUUCCUUCGUCCCUACGUACCCAGAGUGACUUAAAGUGACCGUCCAGCUGCAGUGCCUUCGUCACGAGAGCCUUGAUAUGCCCAUGCCGCUCCUUCAUGACGUUGUGACUCCACUUUUGUCCGCUGUUGUCGCGAUCGAUUUUGUCGACCAUGGCCAGUAUCGCGGUACGAACCACACGCUCGACCUUGACGAGACCGAACACAUCUCACACCCCGCUAUGUGUCGGCCUCGUCUACCUUAUCGUCCAUGAGUACCUGGUUUUCGGGUCCGGGCACUGCAGUGGUCGCCUGGUUCUUCUUCUCUGCCGCCAGCACCCGCCCAUCCACCUUGUCACACCAGCUCUUGUACUUCACGUUGUCCGACUUCUUGAUCAUCUCGACCAGCCCAUCCGACGUGUUCUUCCCGGUGUGCGUCACGACGAUGCAGGCGUGCUUCUUGAGGCCCUCGGCCUCCUUGGUGAAGAUGUUGUUCGUUGCCUCGAGCGACGCAUGAUCCAAGCUAGUGAGUCGGCCGUGGCGCAGCACAAUGAUGAAGGCCGUGACCCCUUCCAUGGCAUGGAUCGAGAUCUGCUGCAGCUGCUCCAUGACUUGCUCGUCUGACAAGCUGGUGUCCUUGAAGCCGACAGUGUCAACGACGCGGUAGCACUUGCCGCGGUAGGUGAAGUCUGCGUGCUGGCAUCGCUGAGUGACCGAGCUGACGUCGUCCUUCGCCUCGAACUUCUCGUCACCGCAGAUGAUGUUGGCGAGGGUGGACUUGCCGUUGCCUGUCGCUCCGAGAAGGACGAUGCUAAUCGGCUGCUGAGGAUCCAUGAUGACUGCAGCAGCGAGGGAGCAGAACACACAACGAACGACGCGCCGCUCUCAGGGGAAAGGGAUGCGCGGAUGUAGACACACAGACAGAGAGCAGCUGGCCUUGCGGUAUCUGCUCACUGGGGAGAGUGGCGGGAGAGGAGGGAGAUCGGUGCCGAAUGCUCGCAAGUCCUCUUCGUUUCCUGGCCCAUCCCUUGUCCCGCAAUGAUUGGUACCGAUUCCAUUCAUCGUCCCUAACAAAGUACCUCUGGGCACGAGCACAAACGAGUCUCGCCAUGCAAACAGCUGUCCGUGACUUGCUUAAAGUCCACCCACCCAUACAAUUCAUGCACCGAUCUGACUGACUGACUCCCUCACCACACAGAGGCACGCACGAACGCGCCAACGUGGGCAUCCCAUCCACCCAUGCACGCACGACUGACUGCACACAGCCAUCAAUCACAUGCCGUCCGUCGAUCGACUGAGCCCCUUCGCGGCUCCGAUGUAGACGUGUAUCAUUCAACCACGAACGUGUAUGUGUGUGUAUCAUUCAACCACGAACGUGUAUGUGUGUGUACGUGCCAUGCAGGCAGCUUUACG